AUGGUUGCUGCUAUUUGCAAAAAGUGUGCCGCGAGUAACCUUUGCUGCCUCGGCGGUGCUAUUUUGACGACUAUAGUUGCUGCGGCAGUCGCCAUAAGUUUCGACAGUUCAGCGGGAGGAUCAACUGAUUAUUACACUAAAAGAGGUCUUAGUGAUAUGGUAAACGUUACUUAUGAAAUGAGAAACUGGACGGAAUCCUUUACUGCAUCAGGUCUUCAAUUAAUUUCUGCCUUUAAUCUCACUGAUACAUAUGAAAAGAGAGAUGAUAAUGUUUUGCCUCUGCAGCCAUAUAUUCAUUUCAGCAGUGAAUACGGUAAUCAUGUGGCAGUGAAUUUCGGUGAUGGGACUUUAAAUCAUUGGCAGAAGCCAUCCUGA